AUGAUAGAAGGGCAAUGGGUUUUUGGUGGCAUUGAGCGUGACACUAAAAAAUCUUUUUUAGUUCCUGUUGAACAUCGUGAUGCAAAAACUCUGAUUCCUGCUUUGCAUGAAUGGGUGUUACCUGGUACAACAGUUAUUACAGACGGCUGGAGCGCAUACAGCAAAUUGUCUUCUGAAGGUUUCAUACAUUAUGUUGUGAACCACUCCAAAAAUUUUGUUGACCCUGAAACUGGAGCUCACACACAAACAUGUGAACGCCAGUGGAGGGAUGUAAGGGGAAUAAUACCACGCUUUGGAAGGCGGGAAAAGAAUUUUCCGGGGUACCUUGCUGAAUAUCAAUUCAAAAAACGAAUUACUGAAGCUCCAAAACGGUUACAUCAAUUUCUGAAGUACUGCUCAGUUCCAAAUCUGCUUCGAAAUGGUUAUACUCCACUUUCAUCGGAUGAGGAGUAUGACGAAGUACCUCAUAACCCAUUUUCUUCUAAUGAGCAAAGUGAGGAACUUCAGACGAUAGGGGGCUUGACUUAUUUGUAA